UUUCUGAGUGUCGAUAAAUCCGAUAUCGAUACGCAAAAACAACUCGCAUUCCAUUUCGAAGUUAUUUAUUUUAAUUUGUUGCAACAAAUAUCUGAAUUAUAGAGCAUAAAAAUGUUCCAGCCACGUCUGAGAUGCGGAUUCAUUUCUCUAUUUACACUGAUGGCGAUAUGCGCUGCCGCAACCCCGCACCCAAUGACGGACGUAGUGUUUUUGGCGCCGGGAACAUCCAUCGAUAUCACCGCCAAUUGGAAUGGGCCAAAUACGCUAAGGACAUACUGCUAUCCUGGUAAACCGCCCUCGCUACUCAGUUUAUUCGAAACGGUUGAGUUCUUUCUGGACAUCGGCAACGGUGACUAUACCGAAUAUGGCGGACGCACUCCAAAGGAGGUGCUGGAUCACUACAAUGAGCAGCGCUCACUCUUCAGCUUUACGCUCUUCUCGCAGAAGCGUCAACGGAUACAUCUGUCACCAUUUGAACCCGAGUGCAUUGGGGUUUCCUCCAGGCAGCCCUACAAUGUGAGACUCCGUCAUGCGCAGUUCGAUGUCUUGCGAUUUCUACAGUUUGGCUUGGGCGUCCUCGUCUUCUGCAGCAGCCGUACCUUGGCCAAGAACAGCAUAUUCUAUUAUUUGGCUGGCAUUGUGCUGGGUAUUUGCGGCUCGCUGCUGCUCAUCAUCUCUUUAACAUCAAAACUUUUCCCCAGACGACCCAUGAUGUAUGGCGUCCUGAUUGGUGGCUGGACAAUUGGAGUAUAUAUACUCAAGCAGUUGGCCGACAACAUGUGUCUAAUCCUAUUGACCUAUCGCGACUAUGUGGUUUGGUAUUUGAUAAUAACCAGCCUCAUCUCAUUCCUCGUCUGCUACCGCAUCGGCCCACCUAAGAAUAGUCGCUCCCAGAACAUCAUCAUGUGGCUGCUCCAGGCGGUUGGUGGGGGUCUGGCCUACUUUAGUAGCUGGAAUUCUAGUGGAGUUAUUUUUCUGAUAGUCUCUGCCUUUGCGGCAUACUAUUUUCCACAAUCGCUCGUGGUAUAUGGGAAAUCGCUCUAUCGACGCCGCUUUCCGCCCAAGCGGCGCCUGCUCACACAAGAAGAGUACUACCAGCAGACGGUAAACGAGACACAAAAGUCACUGGCGGAGCUGCGCGAGUUCGUCAACAGCCCCAACUGCAAUCAGUGGAACAUAAUGAGCAACCUACGCAAUCCCAUUCGCUUCGCUUCCUUUGCCAAUGGGGAACCACAUUUGUUCGAUGAAGAGAUCGAGGACUACUCACGCACCAUAGAAGAGUCAAUGGAGGCUGCCGUCCAGAACGAGGCCGAGGACUAUCUGCAGUGCAGCAUGCACUACCGGCCCUUGUCCAACAAUGGGUUCAACGUCAGCCAGGAUCAUCGUCGUCGGCCGCCUAUGCCCCCUCCAUUCACCGGCCUACCAACGAGACACGCUACGUGCGAACAUUCAGCAGGCCUAUGAGUCUGAUAGCGAUGACGACGAAUACACGGAGCAGGACUAAGACCAAACAGGAGAAAAACGAAAAGAGCCGAUCCACACGAAUCAAGAGACUCAUUAGACUAAGAUAAGAUUAAAUGCUUAAUCAUAAUGAAUGCCAAAUAAGGAGAAGUCAUAGAGAUAUACACCUCAAACGCAUGCGAUCAUUUUCAAUUCAUUUUCAGAAUUGUCUCGUACCAAAUAGCUACAUAUAAACGAAAAUGAGUACUUACUUAAUAUUUCGCGACUAGCCAUUGGAACCGACCUCUACAAUUAUUUUCCGAAAGAGUAUCUUGCUUUUCUUUAGACUGACUGACUAAAUACACAUGAUUUAAUUCAAUAACUGACCUCAACCAGACACAUACAUACAAUCAGUUAUUAACCACCAUUUACUUAACAAUGAUUUGCUAAAACGCACUGUAUUUCUCCACUCAGUAUAGUUCUUAACUUUAUUUCCGGAUAUUGUUUUACUGGACCCGAGUAUCUGUAAAUUUUCAUUGUACAAAAGAAAUUAUUUUCGGAAUAAAUCGAAAUUUGGACUUUA